ACUGUGACCAGUCUUCGCUGCCCGAUGAAAAAUUCUCUAAGAACCGUGGAACUUUCACUUUGACCUGUAGAAAAGCAUUCGCUCAGACUCAUCUUUCCUCAAGAACAAGUCAAAGUGAAAGCAAACCUUCCAAGCACGACGUCUCUGUGUCGCGUUUUGUAUACAGGCCCAUAUAUCAAGUCCGUGGAAUUUGGCACACACACAAACAUUCCAAUGUACCACUUGAAACCAAUUCCAAACUAUAAUUGGCUUUACACAAGUUUGUGCGAAAAAAUACACCUUGGGUGGAUGCCAAAGGCAAGCAGCUCCAAAUGGGACUGAGGUGUGAGCAUCUAUGGUGAGAUGUGCUGUUCCAACAAAAUUAUGUUCCGAGCAAAAUUCUUUCGCCACUCAGGAGACAAGUAGUCCGAACAACAAGGUGCAAACUUUCCAGCUCCGUUGGCCUUUGUUUGGCUGGACCUUGUACUUCGAUUUACCCGACGCAGAAAGUGAACUGACUAUCCCUAGUUCCGUCCAAAUGGCCCCAUCCGAGGCAGAGCAAGAGGAAGUGAGUCAAACAGAAAAAAGAACCGGAUCAAGAAGGACAUUUUUGGCCGGAGAUGUGAUCCUCAUUUCGCAACCUUUCGUGGGUGUGCUCGACAGAAAAUGGAAGUUCCAGCGCUGUGAUUUCUGUUUCGACCCGUUUCCAUCCCGCUCGGACCCGCUCUUGCCCCGGCCAUUAACCUGUCCACAAUGUUCGGCUUGCCUUUACUGCAAUGGCAAAUGUCGGGAUCGGGCCUUGCCAAACCACAUUCAAGAGUGCAAAUAUCUGAGACAAAAGGGCAAAUCAAUCAUCUCAGAUACAGGGAGGUUCAUGAUGAAGCUCAUCCUGAAAUUGCACACGCCAUCCCCGAAUACCCUGUCGGAUCCUAAUAAUAACCUGGCCAACCGCACGAUCUCAGCUCAACGGGACUUUGGUCAACUGCUUGACCACUACGAUGAAAUCCAAAAAGACCAAGAGCGAAUGGAACUCAUCGAUAAGAUCUACCAAGAGCUCUUGAAAUAUGAACUCAAGGAGCUACCAACAGACUUUGAUGAGUUUGGACGCGUUUGUGGCAAGGUCUUGAUCAACAGUUUCAACUACACCCUGACUGGUGGACAACGAAUUGGAACCGCAUUGUAUUUGGAAGCCUCGGCCUUGAACCACUCGUGCACUCCCAAUGCCGGAUUCUCGUUCCAAAACGGGAACGUUGUGAUCCGUGCUCUCGAAACGAUCGAAUCCGAUGACCAAACACCCCUUGAGGACCAAAUUACAAUUAGUUACAUUGAUCUUUUGGACUGCACCAAGUCUCGACAGGCCAAUCUCAUGGAACGGUAUUACUUCCAAUGUGAGUGUCAUCGUUGCCAAAACCCAGAAUUGGAACUCUCCAUGUACAGUAUUCGAUGUCAGAGCUUGAACUGCUCAGGUCGACCCGUUUACGUUGGGGUAGGUCGCCGUUUGGAGGACUUGGACGUGAGGCCUUGCCAAGAAUGUGGGAACAAGCCCAACGCAAAGAUUCUAGAGCAGUACUUGAAAAUUUGCUGCGCAGUCCAGGAUAUGUCGGGCGAGUCGUUCUCACCGAGUAGUAAAUCCUCGGAUGAGUGCAUGUCGCUUAUGACGGGCCUUUUCCACCCUGACCAUUAUCUCUACAUGAGAAUGGCUAGGGCUUCUUUUGACGAGCAUUUCAACCGUGAGGAAUACGAAUUAGCCAGGGAAUAUGGAUUGCUUUGCUUGAGCUCCUACCGGAAAUACAAACACCACGUGUGGCCUAGUUUAGCCCAACUUCUGUUCAAAUUGGGCAGUCUCGAAUUCUUGCACACGCCCAGCCUGCCGAAGAAAGUGGCGCACACGCAUCUGGGCGAGGCCUUGGACAUCCUGAUCGUCACCCAUGGGCAAGAUCAUGAGGUCUACCAGCAAGCUAAAGCACUCUGGCAACAAUCCAAGCUAAUCUAGAUCGAUCUGUCUUGAACAUUCAUUAAUCGAUUGAGAUUAGAUGCUCUUGUCUGAGGAAUGUCUCUUUGUUUGAUGUUAGGACUCGAGCGUAUUAUGCAACUUCACGAGAAGAAGCCAGUUUACUCGUUCAAACAAAGGCUAUGUGGAAGUUUGUCCUUUUAAAACUCUUGCUUCUGAGUGCCAAACUUUUGAACAGGCUGUUGAACCGUUUGUUUGACUACUCACUUUUCAGUGGUUCCCGUCUGGAACGGGAAAAUGCAUCGGACUAUAAAAGCUGUGUACAUCGGUGUCGGAUCCGAUUUCGAGCCAAACUCGGAGAACUCGGACCGGCUUUUAUGGACAACUUUCUGCUCACUCAUGAGAGUUAUGACCAUCCAGAUGUGUUAUUUCGAGAUAAUGUCACCCUGUUGACGGUCACCGGAUACCACGCCCUCUUUGUUCAAGGUCCCGAAGGUUUCAAUUUCUUUGGCUCCAAAGAAAGCCCCUUUUCAUUCAUAACGCACUUUGAGUUCGCGCAACACUUACUUAUUGUUUCUUUUGAGCAAUUUCUCGAGAUCAGUCGGCGAGAUGUUCCAAAGCCAUCCGCCAAUUUGGUCUUCAUUUCCAUGACCGGAAGGUGUGGAUCCACUCUCCUGACCCAAAUGUUUGAAGAGCUGCCCUACACUUUGACAUUAUCAGAGCCGGACUUUCUCACGACCAUGAUUCCGUUCCAAGGCCAUCCUCACUCUUCGGAGGCCUUGGUUCAGAAUAUGGAUCAAGCACUGAAAGGUGCGAUCCAUUUGAUGUGCAAGGACUUAAAGUCCAGACGAGUGGACAAUAUCGUAAUCAAACUUCGACCUGUGACCGUGGCCAUCACCCACCAGAUCACCCAAGUGUGUCCUCAAGUGAGACACGUGUUCCUCUAUCGUUCCCCAAUAAGAACAGUGGCUUCAUAUGUGACAAUGGUCCAAAGUUUCUCCCCACUCCUGUACCAGAAGCUCUUUUGGCCUCGAGGCUUCUCUAAAAUGUACUUCUGCCUCGUGCCCGAGGGUAGUGAUAAGCAAAACAUGUUGGCUGAUAUGCACCAGAAAUCUCUGACUCAUUACGACCACGUUCGAUGUUGGACCGAGCUCGUUUUGGCACACAUCUUGCCUUGCAAAGAGUAUCGGGCCAAAGGCUGGGUGGAUAUCUAUCCCAUCACCUAUGAGAAUCUCACCCAAGAACCCCAUGAGACCAUGGAGAAGCUCCUCACUCAUUGCCACAUCGAUCCCAUUCAAGCCAGCCAUUGUGCCAGAGCCUUGGAAAAAGACUCGCAAAGAGGAACCUCCAUCAGUCAGAGCACCUUGGCCAAAUCAAGGAAGGUCCAUUUUUCUCCGGCUGAACUUGAAAUGAUGGAAGGGCUUAUGGCUGCAUUCGACUUCCCCGAAUUGGAGCAUUGGGAGGAUAUCUUUGAUUAAUCAGAACAAUUUGUUCCUGCUGGAGGCUUUGCUGACUCAUGGAGCGAAGAAAGUUGGAUAGAAGCAACUCUGAUGAUUGUCGAAGUUUGUGAACUUGGCAUUUUUGGCAGCCUUUGGCUUGGUUCAAACUCUUGGGUCAUAAAUUCUCUUGGUUCAUAAAAGCUUCCGUACUACUCUAGUGAAAAUAGAACGUACCCCUGCUAUUACUUUACUAGAGCAGGUCGCA